GUGAUGAGAGAAUGUGUUACAGAUCAAACUGUGUGAACUGAAAACUGCAGCAACACAUUGAUUUUGGAGAAGGUUUAGGCAAUUUGAAAUGUUUUUAGAUGAGGAAAGACCAACUAGUUUGGGUUGUCAUCUGUGACCAAUACUGAGAUGCUAUUAGUGUUGAGCUGAAUUCUGGGCAUACAAAAUUAAAUUAAUUUUAAAGCACACGCAAAUGGACAAAAAUGAAUGCUUCCUACUCGUUAGUCUUAAGUAUCUUUGAAAAUAAGUCAAUAGGCCUGGUCACAUCACAACUUAUUCUGGCCAAGAACUGCUUACAUAAACAGAACAUUGUUAUUUAAAGUAUCAAUGAGAUGUUAUUAUAGUUUUUAUGUUUUCCAUUUUCUUUUUUUCUUUAGUUAGAAUUGUUGUUGUGUUUUUGUCUAUAGUUUUAACCCAACCCUAACCCUAAUUCAUUUUUAAACUAAGUUAAAAUGAGAAGUAUUUUAUUUAGCAAGUAGCUGAAAUAAAAUACUUUUUUCCAGUAACAUUUAUUUUAAGAAAAUGAUGUUAUGAUUUUCAUUUAAUAUGGUUAUAGUUAUAUAAUGACCCUGGAUUAGGAACAAACUGCCUGAUCAACAUGAAAAUCAACAUGUCGACAUGUAAAGCAACACGAUUAAUAUGAAUAAUAGACCAAAUUUGGCAAACUAUUUGAAUUAUUUCAUCCUUAGUGAUGCUUGUUGUAUUAGCUUGGUACCUUGUAAACACAAAUGUGUUCCCUAGUUAACUAAUAAAUCAGAUUAGAGCUUGACAGAUCAAGAGAGAUAUGCAUGCAUUAGGUAUUUGGCCAGCAAAUGGACUGGUCGGUGGGUGAGUCCAGGUGACAGAAAUGACCACCUUGUUACUGUGGUUUAAGUUAUAAGUUUGCAAUCAUUUAAAUAUGGAAAUACUAUGGUAAUAGGGCCAAGCAGCCUAUUCUGUAACUGUGAUGAUGAUUAAAUGUGAAAAAUAUGUAAUACCAACUCCACAAGCACUCAAGUGUAAUGAUCUCUCAAAGCAAAGCAGUUACACUGUUUAUAAUUUUAAAACAACUCUUCUUGAAAUGCACUUCCUUUAAAGUCCAAAAAUAAAGUGUAAUCCUUCAUUUUUGUUACAUAGGUUGCUUUAGAUAAUAAGUGUUCAUGCUUGCCUUUCUGACAGAAUGAAGCAUGUGAUGGUGACGGAGCAGUAUGGAGUGUUCGUGGAAGACUCUGCUGCUGCUCGUAUGCACGUCACUGGGGGUACAGUACACUGCCAUCCGCUCCCUCCAUGACUCCUUCAGUGGCCCAUGCCAAGACUCUGCCCACUGCCAAGGACGCCAGGGUAAAGAGCAGAGAUGGAAAUCGCUCUGCGAUGACAGCCGUGUCCCUGAUGAGACUAGUGCUGCCGCUGCUCGAAAGCACAUCCUUCUGUUUGCUCAAACCCGCAGUGGCUCCUCAUUUACUGGACAACUUUUCAAUCAACAUCCUGACAUGUUUUAUGUUUUUGAGCCCCUUUUCCAUGUGCAACAGGCCUUCACCAAUUCUAGUAGCCGUCUGCAAAGGGCUUUGGAUGGCAGAGCUCUUCUGGGAGCCUACCGAGACCUCUUACUCAAUCUAUACAACUGUGACUUCAGCUUCCUGGAGAGCUACAUUCGCCCUGAACCACAGGAUCACAUGACCGGGGCCUUUUUCCGCCGCAGCUCCAGUCACGCCCUGUGCACGCCGCCUGUCUGCCAGGAAGGUGGCGAGGAGAUUCUAGCAGGCCAACCGGAUGAAGUCUGGUGCCCAAAAAAGUGCCAGACCUUGAACCUCACACUAGCCUCUCAGGCUUGCCAAGCACGAACCCACUUGGCCAUAAAAACGGUGCGUAUCCCAGAGAUAGGCGACCUACGUACACUUUCAGAAGACCCCCGUUUAGAUUUGCGAAUCGUCCAUUUGGUGAGAGACCCCCGAGCCAUUCUUACUUCCCGCAUGGCAGCUUUUGCCGGUAAAUUCAGGGCCUGGAAGAUCUGGAAUGCCACCGGCCGCCAACCACGCUAUGUGGACCUGACGCAGAUAACGAGAACGUGCAGAGAUAUCGAGUAUUCUGUGGAGACCAGCCUGCAGAAACCCACAUGGCUGAGGGGUAGGUAUCUGUUGGUGCGCUAUGAAGACUUGGCCUUGAAUCCUGAGGAAAAGGCCAAGGAGAUAUACAGAUUUCUGGGACUGGACCUGCAUCAAAGAGUUCUCACAUGGAUUGCUCAUAACACCAAUGGCACUGUCCCAUCUUCUUCAGAGUGGAACUAUAAGUACUCUACCACUAGAGACUCAAAAGCCACAGCUCAGAGCUGGAGAGUACAUCUGAACUUUGACAUUGUUAAGACAGUUCAAUCUCUUUGUAACAGAACUCUUUCUUUACUAGGCUAUAGGCUUGUUCAGUCUGUAGAUGAACUGAGGAAUAUAACAAAAAGUUUGAUGGAGCCCAGGACAUAAUAAAGGUCAUUUUUAAGCAAACUACUAAUUCAUUUUGCAACACACUUUUAUCUAAAGUGACUUAUAUUGCAUUCAGUGGCUACAUUGAAUCAAACAGGACUCAUAAGUCCCAACAAAGUACAUUUGGUUAUGAAUGAUUUUUCUCCAUAUUUUUCAGUUUGUUUUUACAUACUAGCAUACUAAUGGGCAAAGCCAUGUACUGUAAAUGCAACAUUAUACAUCUUACUUUGGUGACAACCUAGCUCAUAAAUAAUAAUUAGGUCAUGAUUAUGAUGCUUGCUAUUCUUUAAAGGAAUAGUGCAUCCAAAAAAAUGAAAAUUCUGUAAUCAUACCCUUACAUAUGAUUUUCCUUCCUCUGUCUCAAACAAGUGGCCAUACAAUUGAAAUCAAAGAUAAAUGUUUUGGCAACCAACAUUCUUUAAAAUAUAUUCUUCUGUGUUCUGCAUAAAAGUCUGGUUUGGAACAACAUAUUGGUGAAAAAAAAAGAUAAUUAUUUUUAUUUUUUGGAUGAACUAUCCCUUUUAAAGUUCUUAAUAUUCAUGAACCACACCUGUAGAAUAGUAUGAUGCUAAAUAAGCACCCAGGCCCACCAUUUUCAUUCUGUAAAUGUGAAUUAAUGUGACCAAAGAACUAUCGACAAAAAGCACAGCAGACUUGCCUGUGAUGAACAUGCCAAAGUUGGUCAAAUGAUCAAAUAAAUAGCAUGUAUCAUCUGGGUGAGCCUUUAAAUGGCCUUAAGUAUGAAUGUUGAUCAGCAAAUAUGUCCUUACAACCCCAUAAACAGAGAUCUAAAAUGACUGAAAUGUCCUUCCAUGUUCUUUUUUAAAAGCAAAGUCCCUAAUGUAAUCAAGUCGGCACAGAAGGUUGUGUUCAGUUUAAAUCACUGGCAGACAGUUCAAUGUGUUUCCAUCCAGUGAAGUCCUCUAAUUUAUUUUUUUUUUUUUGCAAGCCACAACUUCAAACAUUAUCUCCCUCUGAUGGCUUUGUGAGUCAGAGUCAGUGAUUAUUUCUAAGUGCAGUGUCAACAUUGGGAAAAGCACUUUGGAGCUAUGCAGCCACUUUCCAAUUUGUGUAUAACAGAUAUGAAACUAUACAAAUCAAAAUCCUCAUUUAAUUAAUAUGCUAUCUCUUGUUCACAGAGCCCCCUUGAGGUUGAGCCUUUGGCUGCAGCCCAUGUGAUCCCUUGGGUUAAUGUGGCCCUGUUAAUUACUGUUUUAGUUCAAAUCACGGAUUAAAUGACUAAACCCAUGCACACAUCACAUUUUGGAAGUCUGAGCUCAAAGACCUGCUAAUAUGACAUGAAAAUGUCAUUUCAUUGCAUACAUAUGUUGCAUAGAAAUUCAGAUAUUAUGAGGCUUGGGAAUAUUAAAUUGUGUCAGUGUCUAGCCUUUAAAAAAAUCUUGGAUUUCAGGAUGUCUUUGUAAAUAUGUGUUGUUGUUCAUGCAAUUCGGCUAGUUCAUUUAAGCAAUUUAUUACUUCUAUGAGAAAUGUGCCCUUAACACUUUACAUAUUGGAGAUACGCUGUGUAAACAACAGUUCCUCAUCUCAGGUAUAUGAUGCUUAAAUGCAAUGUGCACUGCCAAUUAAUAAAUAUGCAGAGAAAAAAU